UAUUCAUGUUUACAGCAACACCAGAUAUAUUGAACUGGUAAAAAAAAACUAAUAUCCGACAUUGGUUGGACUCAAAUCAAGUGAAGAUACGAUCGUAAGAACCAGGAAUAAUAGGUUAGGAUUGAACUCUAAAUUUUUUUAAUCAAUGAUUUUUCAACCAAUUCUACUAAAAUACCCAUCAAAUUCCUCCACUCAAUUCAGUUUUGAGCAACACUACCGACAUCUCUGCGACCUUCUUCUCGCUCAAUCCCGUAUUGGGGCACUCUUUAAAGGCCUCCAAAUCCAUGCCCAUAUUCUCAAAUUAGGGUUUCAAUCCAUCCCUCUUGUUGCCCAUCAUUUAAUCAACUUCUAUUCAAAAACCCAACUUCCUAAUUUUUCCCGCCAAAUAUUUGAGGAAACCCCACUUAAAAUUUCCAUUACCUGGAACUCAGUCAUUGCUGCUUUUACCCAGAAUGAGCUCCCUCGCGAUGCUCUUGAGUUGUUUUGUCGAAUGCACGAAACCAGAUUUCGUCCCAAUGAUCAUACAUACCCAUGUGUUUUGAAGUCCUGUGGGAUUUUGGGGAGGGUUGAUGUGGGUAGGUUGAUUCACGGUGUUGUGAUAAAAACUGGGUAUGAGAUAGAUUUGUUUGUUGCUAGCUCAAUGAUUAAUAUGUAUGCUAAAUGUGGUACAAUUUGGGAUGCACGGAAGGUGUUCGAUAAAAUGCCGUAUAGAAAUGUUGUGUCUUGGACUGGGAUGAUAUUUGGGUAUGCUCAGUUGGGUGAAAAUGAAGAGGCCCUUAGGUUGUUUAAGUGCAGUUUGCAGCAGGGUGUAGAUGUUAAUGAUUUUACCUUCUCAAGUGUACUUCAUGUAUGUGGUAAUUCGACUCUUUUGGAACUCGGGAGGCAAAUUCAUGGCUUGUGUUUAAAAAAGAGUUGCAAUUCGUCCGGUUUUGUUGGGAGUGGUUUGGUCUCGUUGUAUUCAAAGUGCGGGAUCAUAGAAAACACAUAUCUUGUAUUCGAUGAGGUUAAGAUAAAAAAUGUUGGAAUGUGGAAUUCUAUGUUGAUUGCUUGUGCUCAGCAUGGGAAUACUUCCAAGUUGCUGGAUUUGUUUCGGAGUAUGGAAGGUGAAGGAACAAAACCCAACUUCAUCACCUUCUUGUCUUUGCUUUAUGCCUGUAGUCACGUUGGAUUGGUUAAAGAGGGUCGGUUUUAUUUCGAUCUAAUGAAAAAGUAUGGCAUUCAACCAGGAGAUCAGCAUUAUGCUACGUUAGUAGAUCUGUUAGGUCGUGCUGGAAAGUUGCAAGAGGCCCUUUCAGUCAUUAUGGAGAUGCCAACCGAACCAACUGAGUCAGUCUGGACCGCUCUUUUGACUGGCUGCCGAGCGCAUAAAAACACUGAAUUAGCAGCAUAUGCUGCAGACAAGGUUUUCGAAUUAGGGAGUGUGAGUUCUGGCCUAUAUAUGCUACUAUCCAAUACUUAUGCUGCAGCCGGGAGACUCAAAGAUGCAGCAAAAGUUAGGAUGAUGUUGAGAGAUAAAGGAGUAAAGAAGGUUUCGGGUUUAAGCUGGAUUGAGGAAGGAAACAUGGUUCACAAAUUUACGUCUGGAGACAGAUGUCAUCCGAGAUCCAAGGAGAUAUACCAGAAACUCGAGGAAUUAAGGGGUGAACUCGAGAAAUCUGGCUAUGUUGCCGAUACUAGUUAUGUGUUGCAACAAGUUGAUGAUGAGGCUAAGAAACAAACACUUUGGUUUCACAGCGAGCGAUUAGCGAUUGCCUUUGCUUUAAUCAGCUUCCCACCUCAUAGGCCUAUUCGGGUUAUGAAAAACUUGCGUGUAUGCGGUGAUUGUCAUAAUGCUAUCAAGUUUAUGUCGAAGUGCACUGGACGAACUAUUAUUCUUAGAGAUUAUAACCGAUUCCACAGGUUUGAGGACGGUAAAUGCUCGUGUGGGGAUUACUGGUAACUAGAUUAUGACAGCAAAUGACUGAAUCUUGAAAAAUGAUUUCGGUUUAUAUGAACCAUGUUCCUUACAUUCAUCAUAAUAAUUUUCUUAUUAAGUAAACAGAUACUGCUAUAGGACUCCUUGGUGAUGGCUGAUGGGCUAAUAUGUGUUCAAGGCUACAUUGUUCUAUGGCAUUCGUCAUAAUAUCAGGUCAAAACUACAUUGUCCUAUUGGGCUCGUACACAUUAGACCGGCAUAAAAGGAGAAUUGGAUGCACACAAACUUUAGGUUUCAUCAUUAAACUGAUUGGUAUUAGGAGGAUUAGCCUAUCAAGUAUAUAUGAUAGUCAACAUCUCUUUAAUUCUUCGAUGUGUGAUCACAUGUAGGUUAUUUUUCCAACACUCCCCUUCACGUAUGAACCCAUUGUUUAAUUUAGCAGGAAUGUCAUUCUUAUCGAACCCGCACAUUAUUUUUUUGGAAGACUGAAAUUUUUUGUUUUCAAUUAA